AUGUGUAAUAAAGCAGAAGAAACUUUGGAUCACCUGCUACUUCAAUGCAAGGAGGCACAGAAGGUAUGGAAAUUCCUUCUUGGUAAGCUGAAUUGGGCCAUCCUACUUCCUAAUUCGAUUUCUGAUAUUUUUACAAGCUGGAAAAUACCUUGUCGAAAAUCAAUCCUUUCUAGUCUAUGGCUAGUGGCCUCAUUUCUAGUAGUUUGGGAAAUUUGGAAGGAGAGAAACAGGAGAAUUUUCCAAGAAAAAGCAGAAUCUGAGGAGAGUUUGUGUGCAAGAGUGGAAAGAGCAAUAGCUGAAGCGGUUUCUGCAACAGCUAGGAAUCAUAAUUUAGCAAAACAUCCUUUCACAAAUGAAGAUAGAGAUAUCCAGGCAAAAUGGCCUCUGAUACACUGUCAGCCUAUUAAUGGGUCUUUGGGGGUUGAUCCUUCUCCUCCUACAGAGAAGGUUAAAUGGGAACCACCAAGCAAACAGUGGAUAAAGAUUAAUUUCGAUGGUGCAUCAAAAUGA